UCUACCCCCGCAGACUCUCGCUUCCGGUCCCUACCUAUGCCGGGCCUGUGCCUCCCGUUUGCGCAGGCGCAGUUAGAGGGUCUAGUGGCGGCCCCGGAAGGAAAAUGUCUGGCCCGGGCAGCAUGGCUAGCGGAGCGGCGGGCUCGGCCGAGGGGCCCGGACCCGUGGACGGGGCGCGGGCCCCGGAGCAGGCCCUGUUCCCGCCGGGAUUCAGCGUGUCCGAGAUCAAGAACAAGCAGCGGCGCCAUUUCAUGUUCCUGCGCUGGAAGCAGCAGCAGAGGAAGGAGAAAUUGGCAAAUAAGAAAAAACGGAGAAAGGAGAGAGAAGCCCUUGGAGAUAAGGCACCACCAAAGCCUGUACCGAAGACAAUUGAAAAUCAGAGAGUUUAUGAUGAAACAACUGUAGAUCCUAAUGAUGAAGAGGUUGCUUUUGAUGAAUCUACCGAUGAGUUUGCACCAUACUUCAAUAGACAGACAGUUCCCAAGAUUCUUAUCACAACAUCAGAUAGACCUCGUGGGAGAACAGUGAGAUUCUGUGAACAGCUGUCUACUAUCAUACCUAACUCACAUGUUUACUAUCGAAGAGGACUGGCUCUGAAAAGAAUUAUCCCACAGUGCAUCUCAAGAGACUUCACAGAUCUGAUUGUUAUUAAUGAAGAUCGCAAAAUACCAAAUGGACUUGUUUUAAGUCAUUUGCCUGAUGGUCCAACUGCUCAUUUUAGAAUGAGCAGUGUUCGUCUGCGUAAAGAAAUAAAGCGAAAAGGAAAGGAGCCCACAGAACAUCAACCUGAAGUAAUCCUGAAUAACUUUACAACACGACUGGGCCAUUCCAUUGGUCGCAUGUUUGCCUCUCUCUUCCCACAUGAUCCUCAGUUCAUUGGAAGACAAGUAGCUACGUUUCACAAUCAGCGAGACUAUAUCUUUUUUAGAUUUCAUAGGUACAUCUUCAAGAGUGAAAAGAAAGUGGGAAUUCAAGAGCUUGGGCCACGAUUUACCUUAAAGCUGAGGUCUCUUCAAAAAGGAACCUUUGAUUCCAAAUUUGGAGAGUAUGAAUGGAUUCACAAGCACCGUGAAAUGGACACAAGUAGAAGAAAAUUCCACUUAUAAUGAUCAUCUAGUCCUACCUAAUUGAUAGGAGUGCAGAACUUUCUUGCAUUUUUCUGUAACUAAAUUGAGUCUGGCUUUGGUCCUGUCAUCUCAAAUUCGUUGUUAAACAAUGUUGCUCAUCACUGAGCAAUGUUAUCUGCACAGGCAAGCAGACUACAGACAUCUUCAAACUUUCUACAAUAGAUGUUUUGAAACACGCUUGGUGUCAUCUUCAGCGUUCCCGCUAGUCCUCAAUGCUGUCUCCUAAAGCAGUGCUACUGCCUCUAAGGGUAUGUCUGUGAAGCAGCUGGGAAGCAUGCUCCCAGUGCUGGUAGACAAACAUGUACUAACUCUGCUUGAGCUGGCAUGCUAAAAGCAGCAGUGUGGCUGUGGGGGUGGCAUGGGCUAGCCACCUGCGUACAAACCUGCCUGAUCCCCUGGGAACUUACUCAGAUGGCUAGCCUGAGCUGGGGCUCAUGCCACCCCCAGCUACACUUCUGUUUUUAGCACUCUAGUAUGAGUAGAGCUAAGGCAUGUUUGUCAACCUGCACUGGGAAGCAUUCUAUAGAAUGCUGAGUAGACCUAUCCUUUGAUUCAAAACUGGCAAAGUUUCCUAGAAUGUGAGUAGCAGCUGCCAGUAGGUUGAACAGUAGAGACUGUAUCAUGACUACCCCCAAUGCCUUAGUAACAAAGCUGUUUGGGAGUACCAUGGUUGGUUGUGCUCGAAGGUAAGUAGACACAGACUCUACUGUCAGUUAGAAUAGGUCAGACGCAAACAAUGUUGCCCUGUUUCUGUAAAUUGUGCUGUAUCAUUGCCGUAACAGCUCUACUUCUACUGUUCCAAGAACUGUAUUUCAUAACCAGAUUAGCUGUACUUGAAGAAAGACCUUAUUGUGAGAGGUGGAGUAUGAAGGAAAAGAUAUCUGCCCAGAGACACUUAUAGUCUCUUACUAAGACAGCUCAGCGUUAAAACACAGGGUUCCAAAAAUGAAGCAAGUGUGUAUAUGUAGCUGUAUCUUAACUUGAUUAAAUGCACACACUGUCGGAAAGGCAGCUUCUUCCAUUUGAGUAAUUUGCCUCUUGGUGCAAAUACAGCCCUAAUCUGGGUGCUAAACAGCUAUCUAAUAGCUGGCUAGUUGUUUAACAAAUUGGUAGUCAAAGACCACUUUGUAGACAAACGCUUUAAAUCAGCUAAAUGGGUGUGAGGAAUUGGGCUGUAGUUUCCAAGAGGGACUUUUGUAACUAAUCAAUCGGUCUUAUUUUGCUUUUAAGAACAAGUAACAUGAAAAUUAUGAAGAUACUUUAUCUUGGGUAGAAAAGAGCAAUGGUUUUUCUCUACUGCAAGUAAUGAGCAAAACAAAAAUCUUCACUGGCUUCAGCAUCUGAGCACCAACUUUGUAUGGGCAUGGAUGAUGUACUUCUGAAGAAAUUUAGUGGUUUGGCUUCAAUUGGAAUUGUUACAGGCUAGUGAUGUGGAAUACCCACAAUAUUUGAAGUCUCAAAUCUGAGUUUGCUUUAGUAAAUAUACACCUAAAAUAACUUUGGAGAAGUAUCAGAGUCACAAUAUUGAAACAGUCCUGCAGUAAUUCCAAAAACAGAUUAAGUCAAAACAUUUUUAUUUUUUGCUUGGUAUGUAAAACUGAUUCCCUCAUGAAGUAGAAGUUAUUGCAACUAGCACACAGUUCAUUUGGAGAGGUAGAUGGUAAGAGGUUUGACAACAGUAGCGAUUUACACAGUUAACUUGGCACAUUGUUAAGGCUAAGCUUUUGUACAGACUUCAAACCAAGGCACUCCUUGAGUCACAUUCUCUCCACACAGAGCAGCGUGAAAAGGUGUUAGAAGAUCUGAAAGACACACACACACAAAAAAAGUGGUUAGAAAAAAGUAAUGAAAAUCUAUAUGUAUGCUUGAUGAAAGUACUCCCACGUAUAUCUUUUAUUAUAGAUGACACCAGAGACAAGUAGGUAUAAAUUAGUUUACCUUCACAGGUAGCUCAUGGGACAAAGGGUGGUUUUCAUUGCCAUCACUCUCAGAAGUUUAUAUACUGUAAAUUCUCCCAGGUAGGAUGUUAUACAGCAGGGACUAAAUGCAGAAUCCAACUUGUACAAGUGAAUAGGGGGCUCAUUCUCCUGGGAGCUGAAUCUAUUAAACUGAGUGGUCUGAACUGGUUGACCAGAGAAAAUAAAUUAUUCUACAGCAACAAUAGUUGCAAACUCUCUCUUCUAAACACCACCUCCACUUGGAGAUACCCAGACUAUGUACUGGGUGAGAGGUGGUAUCUACUGCCUCUGAGUGUUGCUAACGUUUCUGGCUCAUCCUAAAAAAAAAAAAAAGUAGGGCUCUCCCCAUAAAGUUUGCUGUUUGGGGAGGUUACAGGAAAAGAAACCUCUCUUUUACAGGUAGAAUGCCUAAACUGUUGUCCUAAGGACUUCUGCUUGUGAUGUCAGCAGAAACAGAUGUUUCAGUCCCACCCCAAGUUCUGAUGGUAGGAGCUGAGACUUGGAAAUAAAAUUUAAAUUCUUAUUACAAGGAAGGGGUAGGGGUUUUUUUGAGUGGAGUAGGAAAAGGAAUUGAUUACCACUGCAUCUUAAUUCUUGGGUGUGGGUCUCAGGAAAAGCUUAGUGUAGAGCAGAAUCUUACACUGCCAGAAUCCAUGCUCUACCUCAGUGGUUCUCAAACUUUUGUACUGGUGACCCCUUUCACAUAGCAAGCCUCUGAGUACGACCCCCCCUUUAGAAAUUAAAAACACUUUUUAAUAUAUUUAACACCAUUAUAAAUGCUGGAGGUGAAGCAGGGUUUGGGGUGGAGGCUGACAGCUUGCAAUCCCCCAUGUAAUAACCUCAUGACUCCCUGAGGGGUCACAACCCCCAGUUUGAAAACCCCUGCUCUACCUGCUUCAUGGACAAAAGACUUUAGGACUGGCAAAUAGGAUAUUGUUCACUAGCACUAAAUUCUUUUAUUUGGUGAGGAAAUGAGCAGUAUAUUUUAGUUGAAAAGUUUACUGAAAAGUCAGAACUUUUUAAAAAUAUACUCCAUAAUGAAUGUUGUAUACAUUUUAAAUGAAUGACCUGAUGACCACUUAUUUUAUCAGGGCUGGAAGGGACCUCAGGAGGUCAUCUAGUCCAACCCCCUGCUCAAAGCAGGACCAAUCCCCAGACAGAUUUUUUCCCAAGAUCCCUAAAUGGCCCCCUCAAGGAUUGAACUCACAACCCUGGGUUUAGCAGGCCAAUGCUCAAACCACUGAGCAACUUGUAUCAUUUUUUAUAGUUUAAAAACUUACCACUGAAAGAGACCAAGAUAGUUCACCAAAUUACAAAAAUGAACAGACUUUCUGGGGUCUGAAUGGAUUUGUACUUGAAGACACUCCUGUCAGUAGGGGAUCAUGUUGUGCAUUCUGCAGACAGAACUGCUUCAAGUCUGCUGCGGCUUGAGAAACCUAGUCAUAAAGUAAAUUUUAAAUUAGCAUUCACAGCAAAUACUUUAUCUUGUAUGUAACGUUUUUUGUAGUGUAUGGAGUGUGCUGUUUUCAGUACAGCUAGAUUUUAUUACACACAACGCUUGCAUUUUAGUUUUUGUUCAGAAAAACUAUAGCAUUCAGUAAUACUCCAUUUUAAGGGAGUUGGUCUUGUCUUCAGAUACUAAGUGCACAGUUCAGCAUAUCUUUGAAAAUCAGCUCUUGGCUACUAUACAUACAGGUUCCUCAAGCAGAAGUAGCAUUUAACACACUAUGGGUAAUUUUUACAAGACAUGCAAUCAUACACCAAUGUCUGCCACCUAAUGCAAGCCCCAAGACAGUUUUACUUUAUACUUUUUCUAAGGGCUUGUCAUCACUACGUGUUAGCUCAAGUGUUGACCCUAACCCAGCUCCUGCGCACAGACAAGUCUCUAGCUUCAGAAAAGUGGUGCUUUUAACUUGAGGUGGCUGAUUUGGCAGCGUAUAGGUUGAAGCUCAGGUGUUGCUAAGACUAGUAAAGGAGUGGGGACUCAACUACUCCAUGCUGCUAAUCCAAUCCUAUUGUGCUGCUCUAAUGUUUUGCAGUGUGAUAACUCCUCUCCUUUGAAUAAGUGUGAACUUGAUAACUUAAGUUAACAUUGAAGUCAAGCCUUAAGAAUAACAAGAGAUAUGUUAUACCAUUUUGUAUAAAUACAUUGCUAAAGGAAUCUAUAUAUGCCCUCAAGAAUGUGAAAAAUCCACCCACUGUAUGUUAAAAUUUUCAGUUCCAAACUAAGCAACGUGAUGAUCUUAGAAGUGGUAUUUAUCUGUAUUAUAAUUGUAGACAGAGGACUCAGAGUGGGGUGACAACGUGGAGGUCACUGUGCAAACUCUUCAGACACAGUACCCUCCCCAAAAGAGGGUAAGCAUUUGAAUUAAGUGGGAGUAGUGUCUGAAAACAAAGCCAAAUUUACUCUGGCCAAACCUUCCAGUAUCUGGGCAUUGACAUAUUUUAUCUGGACCUCAGGUGACCAGCUGUCCUGAUUUUAUAGGGACAGUCCCAAUAUUUGGGGCUUUGUCUUAUAAGGCACCUAUUACCCCCUACCCCAUCCUGAUAUUUCACAUGUGCUGUCUGGUCACCCUAUCUGGACCAAAGCAAGCAGGGAAAAGCCUUCUGCCACUCAGGUGAAGAAUUUUAAAUAAGUGGUUUUCAACCAGGAGUAUUGCAGAGGUCUUCCAGGAGGUAUAUCAACUAUAUGCCUAGUUUUACAACAGGGUACAGAAAAAGCUAGUGAAAUCAGUACAAAUUUCAUACAAUGACUUAUAUAAAUGUUCUCUAUGCUAUACACAAAUGUAAGUACAAUAUAUUCGAUUUAUAAUUCUAUUGGAAAAAUGAGAAAGUAUGCAAAUUUUCAGUACUAGUGUGCUGUGACACCUUUGUAUUUUUGUGUCUGAUUUUGUAAGCAACUAGAUUUUAAGUGAGGUGAAACGGGUUUGUAAGACAAAUCAGACUCCGGUAGUCUGGAAAGGUUGAGAAUCACUGUUUUAAAUCAUCCUUGAUGCUGUGUCAUGCUUAAUUAACAUGUCUGCAAGUCCACCACCAAAUAAAUUAAAAAAAACAAAA